CUCUUCUCGUUUCGGAUUUUUCCUUCGAACAACGAUGGUGCGCGCCUGGUACAUGGAUAGUAGCGAUGCCGAUCAACGAUUAGAACAUCACAGGCAGCCGCCAGAAUUCAUACCGCCGGAUCACCUGUUCGUCGUGACGGGUGUGGAAUAUUUUAAGGUAAAUCAUCUCAAUUACGGCACGGAUGCUACCUUGAAGAAUUUACGCGAGAAACGCGGUUACACAUAUGAAGAUGAGCUAACAUGCUCCAAAGAGUGUUUACCAAAUUAUGAAGAGAAGUUGAAAAAUUUCUUCACUGAGCAUCUUCACACCGAUGAAGAGAUACGCUUAGUUUUGGAUGGAUCAGGUUACUUUGAUGUACGAGAUGAGGACGAUCAAUGGAUACGGAUCGAAGUCAAGGCCGGCGAUCUAAUAAUCAUACCGAGUGGGAUUUAUCAUCGUUUCACUUUGGACACUAAUAAUUACAUAAAAGCAAAGAGAUAUUUUGUGGGAGAGCCAGUUUGGCUGCCAUACAAUAGACCAGCUGAUAAUAUGGAAUGUCGUAAACAGUACCUCGAACAAUUGCAGAAAGGAUUUGACGUACCUUCCCUUUGAUAACCCUCAAUGUUACAUGGGCUUCCAUAAAAAUAUAUUUUAUUAUAUCUUAUAAUUUUUCGUAAUAUUUUAAAUAUUAAAUAUAUACGUUUAUAUUAUAUUAUAAAAUAGACAUGAUAAUCUGUGAAUACAAAUAAAGAUAUAUA